AUGAAUGAAGCAGAAAGUCCCGACGUUACCAAGACACUCAAUAUGUUUAACCUACAAAUUCCCGAAGGUUUUCAAGAACGAGUAAACAGACUGCGCAAAGAGUUAUGCGAAAUUUCCAGAGAAGCACAGCUUAUUAUAGAUAAUACAGGGGCAUAUCUGGUAGUGGAAGGAUGUGGGAUAGACCUGGUAGGACCCGAGAGUAGCGAAGGAACACCGCAAGAGAACGACACAUUGCUCCCGUAUGCUUUGGACGUGAUGACCGCGCCAGAGGAAACGCAUGAUCUAACGGAAGCCAUACUCGAUCAUGAUAUGGCAGGACUACUCUCUGUAGCGACAGACCCAGCUAACUCGAGUGGGCAGCGAGUGAACGCUUACAGAAAGCUCGGGGACUAUAUCCGGAUCUCCCAGGAAGGCCGGACAGCUGUGUCAAUAAAGCGAGAAUUGCAAGGCCACUCUCAUCAAAACGGACCGCGAACCUACCAAAUAGCGCAAAGGAUAAGAUCACUUACCCAAGCAGUCGGGAUGUCACAACCAAGAAACCUCCGGCUAGUUACUCCCGACUGGAUCUAUAAGCUCCCGAAACAAGAACACGAAAGGUUA